AUGUCUAGUAAAAGACAUCGAUCCGUACCACCAGCUCCCACCCGCAUCACGCGGAGCCACGCCAACAGCUCACCAUCCAAAAGCAUCAUUGCCGUGCACCACAGCACCCGCCGCAGCCAUCCCAAUACCGCUACUACUACCACCACCCCCCAUGCCUCCUCCUCCUCCUCGGGACGCUCCGCGGCCGCCGUCUCGCACCUCGCCGCGCAGGCCGACGCACUCGCCAAGAUGACGCUCGAGAUGAACCUGCGCUCCGUCAGCAAGCAGGCCGACCGGCUGGAGCGAGAUCUGCGGGCGCUCGUGCAGGGCACCUCCAACGAUGCCGCGUUUCGCGCGCAGCACGAGAUCCGCCUGCAGGACAUGUGGAAGGAGAUUCUGGCCGUCAAGGCGCACGCGGCGCAGGACCGCGACACGCGGCACCUCGCUGAUCAAGAGUGUCAACAGGCGACGCGCCGCAUCAUGGACGAGAUGCGUGCGGAUAUUGCGGGCGUUAGGGAUGCGGUCGGCGGGCUCGCGGCGACGCUCGCCGAGAUGCCAUCGCCAGAGCAGAUGCAGGCCGCGCUGAGCCAGAGCAGCGAGGGCGACGACGCCAGGCAAAACGAUUCAGAUUCGCAGCAGCCUCGCUCCUCGUCGACCCACGCACGCAUCCAGGACGCCCUCCGCUCAACGCGGCGUUGGAACCGCGACCGCAAGACGUCGUCCCUCGCCGAGGCUGCCUUUUGCGCCGGCUACCUCCGGCAGCAGUCGCGGCGCGACGCCCGCAUGGCCGUGUUUUUGCAGCGCGCCGUCCAGCGGCGAGUGCAGGCGCGCUUUCCCGGCCGCACGCUGCGGCCGCGCAGCCUCGACGAGCUGUGCGCGCUGGUGCGCUGGGCCGACAUCCGGGCUGUCGUGGAAGACGUCCUCUUGCGGGACACGACGGACGUUAUGGCGGCGUUGGGGGUGUGA